AUGUCGAACUCUAUUAAGGUUGUCUGUCGGUUUAGGCCGCAGAAUCGCAUUGAGAAUGACCUAGGCGCUAAACCGGUUGUAAGAUUUGAGGCUGAUGACACUUGCGCUCUUGAUUCAAAUGGAGCGGCAGGGGCCUUUACCUUCGAUCGUGUCUUUGGCAUGAGCUCACGGCAAAAAGAUAUUUUCGACUUCUCUAUCAAGCCUACUGUGGACGAUAUUCUUAACGGUUAUAAUGGAACGGUCUUUGCAUAUGGUCAAACGGGAGCGGGAAAGUCCUAUACGAUGAUGGGAACAAAUCUCGAAAACGAUGAUGGUAGAGGUGUUAUUCCGAGAAUUGUGGAGCAAAUAUUCGCCAGCAUUUUGUCCAGUCCAGGUACGAUCGAGUAUACAGUAAGGGUCAGCUAUAUGGAAAUUUAUAUGGAACGCAUUAGAGAUCUGCUACAACCGCAAAAUGACAAUCUCCCAAUCCACGAAGAGAAAAAUAGAGGCGUCUACGUUAAGGGUUUAUUAGAGGUAUAUGUUUCAAGUGUCCAAGAAGUCUACGAAGUUUUGAAAAGAGGAGGGGAUGCAAGAGCUGUAGCCUCGACCAACAUGAACGCAGAAUCUUCUCGAUCGCAUUCCAUAUUUGUUAUCACGAUUACACAAAAGAACGUUGAAACCGGAUCGGCAAAGAGCGGUCAAUUGUUCUUGGUUGAUUUGGCUGGUAGUGAAAAGAUCGGAAAGACUGGUGCUAGCGGACAGACUCUGGAGGAGGCAAAGAAGAUCAACAAGAGCUUGAGUGCUCUUGGUAUGGUCAUCAAUAACCUGACGGACGGCAAAUCAUCGCAUAUUCCCUAUCGAGAUUCAAAACUUACCAGAAUUCUACAAGAGAGUUUGGGAGGAAACAGUAGGACAACACUUAUCAUCAACUGCUCGCCUAGUAGCUACAAUGCCGAGGAAACUCUGGGUACUCUGAGAUUUGGUAUGCGGGCGAAGGCGAUUAAGAACAAGGCCAAGGUCAACGCAGAGCUCAGUCCAGCAGAACUCAAAGCCUUACUUAGGAAAGCUCAAUCACAAGUCACUACCUUUGAAUCCUAUGUUUCUACACUUGAGGGGGAAGUUCAACAAUGGCGUAAGGGGGAAUCUGUGCCAAAGGAGCAAUGGGCACCCCCACUCGCAGGUGUUGGUGGAGCAAAAGCGGAGGCAGCUCGAGCACCACGGCCAUCUACACCUUCUCGUCUAGCAACAGAAAGUCGUGCAGACACACCGAUGACAGAAAGGUCCGCUACUCCAGGUAUACCGAUAGAUAAAGAUGAGAGAGAAGAAUUCUUACGACGCGAGAAUGAACUUCAGGAUCAAAUAACCGAGAAGGAAACUCAAAUCGCCGCUGCGGAGAAAACCUUGCGAGACACCAAGGAAGAACUCACCUAUCUAAAAGAAAGAGAUACUAAGGUCAAUAAAGAUAACGAGAAACUUACUGGUGAAGCGAACGAGUUUAAAAUGCAACUUGAGCGCUUAGCAUUCGAGGGUAAAGAGGCACAGAUUACCAUGGAUAGUUUGAAAGAAGCCAACGCCGAAUUGACCGCAGAGCUCGAUGAACUUAAGCAGCAAUUACUUAAUGUCAAAAUGAGCGCCAAAGAAUCGACUGCUGCCUUAGACGAGAAGGAAAAGAGGAAGGCCGAAAAAAUGGCACAGAUGAUGGCUGGAUUUGAUCUCGGCGGGGAUGUCUUCAGUGAGAACGAAGCCACCAUCAAGAAGGUCAUUGAUCAUAUUGAUUCCCUUUAUGAGCAAAGUGCUGCAGGUGAAGCCAUUCCUCCCGAUGAAUUUCAAGAAUUGAAGGCAAAGUUGGUCGAGACACAAGGUAUUGUUCGACAGGCAGAACUUUCCAUGUUCGGAUCCUCGUCGAAUGAUGCCAAUUCAAAGCGCAGGGAGGAAUUAGAGCAGCGACUUCAAGUCCUCGAGCAAGAGUACGAAGACCUUCUUGAGCGGAACUUGGGCGAAGGGGAUGUCGCGGAGAUCAAAGAACGUCUCGAGAGGGCAUAUUCCAACAAUCAAGACAUCAAGGUCGAAUUGGUGGAAGAUCUCAAGAAAGAGGUCGCUCAACAAUCAGCCGAGAUUGAGAAGUUCAAGGCUGUAAACGAAGAUCUUCAACAAAGGGUCAAGUCUGGCAGUGCAUCCAAUGGUACUGCACCUAGCUCGGCAAGCGGGAAGACUGUUCAUCAACAAAUUGCCGAAUUCGACGUAAUGAAAAAGAGUUUGAUGCGCGACUUGCAAAAUCGUUGCGAACGUGUUGUUGAAUUGGAGAUUUCCCUUGAUGAAACCCGCGAACAGUAUAACAAUGUUCUCCGUUCAUCUAACAACAGAGCUCAACAAAAGAAGAUGGCUUUCUUAGAGAGAAAUCUAGAACAAUUGACUCAUGUUCAAAGACAAUUGGUCGAACAGAAUGGUAGCUUGAAGAAGGAAGUUGCCAUUGCCGAGAGGAAGCUGAUCGCAAGAAACGAACGCAUCCAGAGUUUGGAGAGUCUGUUGCAAGAUUCACAAGAGAAAUUGACGGCUGCUAAUCACAGAUUCGAAGCCCAACUUACAGCCGUAAAAGAACGGCUUGAAGCCGCUAAAUCGGGUAGUACCCGUGGACUAGGCUCACCUACAGGAGGUGGAUUCAGCUUUGGUGGCGGUGGGAGUAGAAUUGCUAAACCACUCAGAGGUGGUGGUGGCGAUGCGCAGAUUCCGAUUAUUGGUAGCUUGCAAAACUCUGAGACUGGGAGUACCAGCAGCACGAAGAGAAGUUCAUGGUUUUUCUCGGGGCAAAAAUAG